AUGGACACCGAUUCCCCGACCGAGACGCGCUCUUCCGAGUCUUCAACUUUAUUGAAGAUCCUCCACUGGGACAAGCUGUUCGAAUCCGAUACUCCUCCAAGAUUAGGUAUUGAGGUCGGAAAGCGAUUGCCAUUUACAGCUUUGUCGGCUUUCUCUGUUGGUAUGGCAAUCGGAUCUUCGCAUGGAAGCAAGAAGGCCGCGUACCGUUUUCGCGCUGAAAAUGCGCAUCGCUUUCCGACAACAUCGACGGGAUGGUUUCAAUACCAUAAGACUAAAAAUUACAUAGCGAUAGUCGGAGGUGUUAAAGAGGGUAUGAAGAUGGGACUUAAACUCAGCGCUGGUGCGCUUGCGUUCUGCCUUUUCGAAGAGACUGUGGACUAUGCUCGACACGACAGGAGGGAUUUCCUGUCGACUGUCACGGCUGGACUGUCCUUUUCUGGCAUUUACAGCUUGCUAGCCCGGCACGACGUCUAUACGGCUGCUCGCACAACGAAACUCGGCUUGAAAUUGAGUCUAGCUUAUGGGCUAAUGCAGGAUGCUCUUGAGACUCUCAAGGGAAACCGUCCGGCCUAUGUCGAUUUCAUUUUAGGUAACCGUGGAGGCAAGAACGAGGAUUGA